UAGCAAAAUCAGAGUGGGUGUCUUCUCCUUCAAACUCUUUGAUUUCAAGAGAAUUCUCUCUUUCAUGCACCAUGAAUAUCAAUAAACGUUAAUCUUAUGUAACCCAAGGGUACUCUUGCUUUUACUCCCCACUACAAUUCGCAUAAUUCACAAAUCUUAUGUAACCCAAGGUUUUGUGUACUGAAUUUUGAUCAUAACUCUGACAACACAAUUCGCACAGUUUUUGGCAAUUUCUGUUUUGAUUACAAUUUUAUGCCUACAUAACAUUUUAUGUUGAUUUUUUAUUAUUGCUGAACAAGAUGCUAGUUUCAUUUAACUUUCAUUGCAGCCAGUAAAAAUGAUGGAUGAUUUUUUGAGAUUGGCACGAGAAAAUACUGCAAAAAAUUUAGAAACAUGUGGUGUUCUUGCUGGUUCAUUGAAAAACAGGGUGUUCCAUAUCACUACACUGAUAGUCCUAAAGCAAGAGUCAACUUCAGAUUCGUGUCAGACCUUGAAUGAAGAAGAAAUUUUUGAAGUCCGAGACAAAUAUUUGCCUUUUCCUUUUGGGUGGAUCCAUGCAAGUGUUUCAGUAGCUUGAGGAAGGAAAAGCAUCAACCUGGGAGUAGGGAAGAAAGCUGCAGAUGUAUCUGUGUGGUUGCUGCUAGUGCUGUUUAUGCAACGCUUUUCUUGGGUUUAUUCUCUAGUUUUGCUUGCUUUUUCUCUCUUAAGGGUUGUGCAAGUGUAUUUUGUAUUGUUUUUGGCUACUCUGUUGAAUGUUCUUGUUUCCUCAUGUGGCAAACGAACAUUCCUUUGUGUGGUUUAUUUUAGGAUGAUUCUCUUUAUAGUUUAUUUAGUUUAGUUUAUCUGUUUGGUUUUGUUUCUCUUGUAUGGCUCUACUUUUUUUAGUUUGCUUUUGUAAGGCCUGGGGAAUGCCCCUUCUA